AAUAACUUGGAAUGAACUCAUUUUGGUUGUUUGAGCCAAUUGAAGCCUCUGUCUCGAAAAUAUUUUUCAAAUUAUAUUUUAAUCGUUCUACCUGUAUAAAAGAAUUUGAACAAACUCGAAAAGCGAUGUAGAGUGUAUUCAAUUGCACGAGUAAGAGCCUGAAGACACUUAUAUAAAGCAUUUCUCAUUAAAAAUGGCGGAACAAGCAGCCACGCUCUUCCACUCCGAUCAACAUCAUUGCUAUGCAGAAAUUUUAACGCCUGAACAGGUUCAGGCAAGAAUCAAAGUCAUAGUCUUAAGAUUCUUGAAAUAUUUGUCGUCCCCAGAUCCAUCAAUUUGUGAUCUUCCUUUGGUUUGCAGAACAGCAAACAAUACAAAAUUACGUCAAGGCUGCUUUGGUGAUGUGGAUUCAAUCUUCCUUUCUUAUUCUAUGUAUAAGAGGUCAUUCAUGAAAAAAAAUGUUGAAAUGGCAUUUGUUAGAGUUUGGAAAGUUUUGGAACUAUGCUUCCAACUUUUGGUUAUAGGAAAGCAAGCAACUCAACGGGAAGUUUUCUAUAGGUUGCUUUCUGACUCUCCAAAAUACUUCAGUAGCCAAGUUCAAGUUAAUCGUGCAAUACAAGAUGUAGUUGCAUUGGUACAGUGUAGUCGCCAUAGCCUUGGAAUCAUGGCUUCCAGUCGAGGAGCAGUAGUUGGGAAACUAGUAAUAUAUGAACCUAAUGGAGAUAUUGUAGACUGUACUGUUCUGGGGCCUUCAGGUCAUCUCAUCAAUGGCAAUCUGCACUUGCUACAGAAAUGGGUCUUUGAGUCAGAUGCUCGAUAUGUUAUUUUGGUCGAAAAAGAUGCUAUUUUCCAAAGAUUGGCUGAAGAUCGGAUAUAUAACUACAUUCCAAGCAUAAUGAUCACUGGUAAAGGUUACCCAGAUUUGGCUUCAAGGAUUCUUCUCCAUCGACUGAGCAGAAGUUUUCCCAAUCUUCUUAUUUUGGCAUUGGUUGAUUGGAAUCCGGCUGGCUUGGCAAUUGUAUGCACAUACAAGUUUGGGAGUAUAGCCAUGGGGCUGGAAGCAUCCAAAUAUGUUUGUGAUGUUAAGUGGUUAGGUUUAAGAGGGAGUGAUCUACAGCUUGUACCUGAAAAUGCACGUCUUAAACUGAAGCCGCGGGAUCAUCAGUUGGCCAAAAGUUUACUUUCAUCGAAGAUGUUGCAGAAUCAAAUGAAAUACAAGGAGGAGCUCUUAUACAUGGUUCAAGCUGGACACAGGGUCGAAAUAGAAGCACUCUAUUGUCAUGGAUAUGGCUUUUUGGCACAGUAUGUUGCAACGAAGAUUGUUCAAGCUGAUUACAUCUGAUUAUGGAACAUUUAAUUAAGGAGUCUUAAUGUGAAGUCAUCUAGAUGAAGAUAAUUUUUUUUCAAUUUUAUUUUUGACAAGGUUCCAUUGUGUAUUGAAGAUGACAUUCAAAAUGGAUAUGUAGUUAAAGAUGAAGGCUAUGAGGGAACAAAAUUGCACCCCUAUAAUUUGUUUAGAAAUUUUAUGGAUAUCCAAUAAUUUACUAUAUUUUGGAUUG